ACGCGGCCUGACAGAUCUGGAAUCGCCCUACAACCUGAGUAUCGGUGGAAGUCGAGAUACAAUCUGGUCGUUUUGCUUUCAAAGAGCCAGAACGAUCUAGCACUUGGUGCUGAUACACUGUUCUUGGCAGUCAACAUCCUUGACAGAUACAGCUCAAAAAGAAUCGUCAAGAGAUGUCAUUGUAAACUCCUAGGUGGUGUCGCUCUUCUCUUGGCGAGCAAGUAUCUCAACCGCUUGUCCACCGCGUCGAGCUUUCGUGAGAGGUGUUGUCUAUUUUCUGGUUAUGAGUUGCAGGAUAUCACACAGAUGGAGAAGACGGUGCUUCUAACACUGGACUAUCUAGUCGGCUUCCCCGCAGUCAUUGGAUUCAUGCAGAUUGAGCUGCUCGAUUUUCAACAGUUGAAGCCUCUCUAUGACAUGAUGCUCUACAUUUGCGAGCUCACGCUUUGUUAUUCGGAGUUUGUGUCGACACCAGCAGCACUCAUAGCCAGAGCAGCAGUAGAGACCGCCAGUAGGCUGAUUGGUAGAUCACUAGGGCAGGGAGAGGCCAGUCAGGAUACUGGUGAUGAAGUUCGACGAUUACUUCCUCGAAUCUCCAAGAUCCUAUCGAAGCCACCUCGUGCCCUCUUUUACAAGUAUGCUAGAGAAGAAAGAUCUCGUGUGGCUUUGGCUGUCGGUGGAUAUCAGUCAGAGUGUGGCUCCACAUAUAGGAGAUACUAA